UGUCUUAAUUGCCCUGACAACCAUGUCACGAUUAUCGUUUCUGUUCCAGUACUUCUCUCACCGCCGUAUCUCCCCUUCGCCGAGGUCCUUCUUCUUCAUGCCCGCAAGCGUUGCUCUUUUUACCUCCUUCCUUAUUUUCUUCUACAUCUGCACAACCUCCCGUUUCUUUACUACCCAUCAAUUCCCCCUCUGUAUCCACUCCGAAACACCGCAUGGGUGUCCUCCAAGCAUCCCUUUGACUCCAAAAAGAACCCCGAUUUCACUUCAUAAUGUAUCUCAAGGUGAAUCCUUUGGCUUGGGAAAAGGGUCCCCACUUUUGGUAAUCGAAGGUGGUAAUGGAACCGGAAGUCAACGGCCUGCAAGAUCUCAUUUUGAGCCGAAGGGAAACUUUGUGAAUAACGUGGAGGUGUUUCAUGAUAGCGAUAUCUUUCUGGAAGACUAUAAAGAAAUGAAUAGCAGCUUUAAGAUAUAUGUUUAUCCUCACAAGCGAAGUGAUCCCUUUGCCAAUGUUUUCUUACCUGUCGAUUUUGAACCUGCGGGUAAUUAUGCCAGUGAAAGUUGCUUUAAGAGGGCUCUUAUGAAAAGCCAUUUCAUCACAAGAGAUCCUACAAAGGCAGACCUUUUCUUUCUACCUUUCUCAGUUGCAAGAUUGCGACAUGACCGUAGAGUUGGUGUGGAAGGUAUUAAAGAUUUUGUCAGAGAUUACAUCUUCAAUAUUAGUCAGAAUUACCCUUAUUGGAAUCGUACUGGUGGAGCUGAUCACUUUUAUGUUGCUUGUCACUCUAUUGGACGUUCAAUUAUGGAAAAAACACAAAGUGUAAAACUUAAUGCAAUUCAAGUUGUUUGUUCUUCAAGUUAUUUCCUCUCUGGGCAUGUUGCUCACAAAGAUGCAUCCCUGCCACAAAUUUGGCCAAGAAAAGGAGAACCCCCAAACCUUGCCUCUUCCAAAAGGAAUCAACUGGCAUUUUUUGCUGGAGCUAUGAACGCCCCAGUGCGUGGAAAGGUUAUUAAGUUGUGGGGAAAUGACUCUGAGAUCUUUGCCCACCCUGGUCGGCUCAAAACACCUUAUGCUGAUCAGCUACUGGGAAGUAAGUUUUGCCUCCAUGUCAAAGGCUUUGAAAUCAACACAGCUCGUAUAGCAGAUUCAUUGUAUUAUGGCUGUGUUCCAGUGAUCAUUGCCAACCACUAUGAUCUCCCAUUCACUGAUAUCCUGAACUGGAAGAGCUUUGCAGUUGUUGUUACCACUGAAGAUAUCCCAAUGCUGAAACGAAUACUUAAAGGGAUAAAUUCAGAUAAGUAUCAGCUGUUACAAAGCAAUGUUUUGAAGGUGCGCAAACAUUUUCAGUGGCAUGUUCCCCCAAUUAAUUUGGAUACCUUUUACAUGGUUAUGUAUGAGUUAUGGUUAAGACGAAGUUACAUUAGAUUAGAGGUCUCUGAGGCUACCAAGUGAUGAUAUUCUUCUUUCUCUGUACGUAUUGCUUUACUCCAAAAGUAGCUCGAUAGCUUCAAAUGGCCUUAGAUUGAUCUUCUUGUAAUCCACUGUUCUGAAAUAAACAUCACAUAUUAAA